AUGGUAUUUGUGGCCCAGGGCCAAAAGGUGCAGAAGAUGAUGGUGCAGCCUACCAACCUCAUCUUCAGAUACUUGCAAAAUAGAUCUCACAUUCAGAUGCGGCUGACUGAGCAAGCAAGUAUGAUAGAGGGUUGUAUUGUUGUUGGCUUUGAUGACCACAUGAACCUUGUAGUAGAUGAUGCAGAAGAGGAUCAUUCUAAAACAAAGUCAAGAAAACAACUGGGGUAG